CUUUAAAUUGCCUUCAAUUACUCAGUUAUGUCGUAAGCUAUAGAGAUGGAGAAAACAAAGUUUGUCAAAGCUGCUUCUACUUCCAAGCCUGCUGUUUCUUGGAGUUCCACUACUAGAGGAAUGACAACAAGAGAUCAACUCAAAGAUAAAUCUAAGGCUAUACCAAAGGCUCAAGCAAAGGAAAACACAAAGCCUCAAGACUUCAAACUCCGCACAGAACAGAGGGCGAUUAAGCGUGCAAUGUUCAAUUAUUCAGUUGCCACCAAGCUAUAUCUCAUGGACUUACAGAAGAGACAGGUAGAGAAAUUGCAAAAGAUGAUUGAGGAAGAAGAGGUUCGUUUACUAAGAAAGGAAAUGAUCCCCAAAGCACAAUUGAUGCCAUUUUUUGAUAGACCAUUCUUCCCACAAAGAUCCAAUCGGCCUUUAACCAUUCCAAGAGAGCCAAGCUUCCGCAACGUGAACAGCACAUGUUGGAGUUGUGUCUGUGGGAAUUAGCUCUACAAUUUUCAACAUGUUCAUGCUUGAAUUGAAUGCAUUUGUCCAUGCCUGUUUUUGUACAAUACUACUUGGUGCAGUCACCCUUUUUUGUUCCUCAGUGAGAUAUGUAAUGGUGGUUGAUUUUGUACCGUUGAAAUAAAAGGCCAAUAUUCUA